CAGCCAAUGGCGUGAAAGCAGUGAGAUCCUCGGUGCAGUGAGAGCUGGAACUGGUGUAGUGGAAUUGCAGAGGCGAUCAGGGGGUCCUUAGACGACAUCAGUCAUGUCUAUUAUGUCCUAUAACGGAGGGGCCGUCAUGGCCAUGAAGGGGAAGAACUGUGUGGCCAUUGCCGCAGACAAGCGCUUCGGGAUCCAGGCUCAGAUGGUGACUACGGACUUCCAGAAGAUCUUCCCCAUGGGGGACCGGCUGUACAUCGGCCUGGCCGGACUCGCUACCGAUGUCCAGACAGUUGCGCAGCGCCUCAAGUUCCGGCUGAACCUAUACGAGCUGAAGGAGGGGCGGCAGAUCAAGCCCUACACCCUCAUGAGCAUGGUGGCUAACCUGCUGUAUGAGAGGCGGUUCGGUCCCUACUACACGGAGCCGGUGAUCGCUGGGCUGGACCCCAAGACCUUCAAGCCCUUCAUCUGCUCCCUGGACCUCAUCGGCUGCCCCAUGGUGACUGACGACUUUGUGGUCAGUGGCACCUGCUCGGAGCAGAUGUAUGGCAUGUGCGAGUCCCUCUGGGAGCCCCACAUGGACCCGGAGCACCUGUUCGAAACCAUCUCCCAAGCCAUGCUGAACGCCGUGGACCGCGACGCUGUGUCGGGCAUGGGUGUCGUCGUGCACGUCAUUGAGAAGGACAAGAUCACCACCAGGACCCUCAAGGCCCGGAUGGACUAGCCCUGUUCUAGAACCUUUUUUUUUUUUUUCUUUCCUUUUUUUAAAAUAAA